CCUAUGUGGGUGCGAGUGCAGCCGGGCAUGUGCAGCAUGGAGAACGUAUGGCAAAGACGGAAAUACCCACACCAGUCAUCGUGUGUGUGCAUUAGUUUUUUUCGUUUCGUGCUGUCCGACCAGCAUGGACGUGCGCGUACUUUAUUUGGAGCUUGGUUUCGAGCCCUGUGCACUGAGCACCACACCUCCCUGGCUUCCCGGGUCGCUGCAACGGGCCGCAGGUGGCACAUUACAUUGCUAUGAUUGGCGUCAUCCGCAGCGGGCGUCGAUGGAAGCACACUAACCACAGACAAUGCCACGGACUCGCAAACGACCGUCGAUCCGCCGACGACCACCACCAUGUCAACCACGACAACCAGGCCGACCACCACAACCGUCACAACAACAACGGAACGAGACGAGCGGUACACGGCCUCGGCCGACUACCACUGGGGCAGCAUCCACGCCAACGCCGACGUGUACCCGGGCAGCGCCGGGUUCCAGCUGGGAGACGGUCCCUUCGGCUUCCAGAGCUCCGUGAGGCUGCCUGGAGCCAUGUGUCUGGUUCACCGCGACUUUGCUCGCGCGGACGACGCCUGCGUCAAGAACCCACAGAACUGCUCGGCCGGAUUAUCGUUCAGCCUAUGGCACAAGGCGCGCUAUGACGUCAGUCUGAUCGGCAGCACGCGCUACCUGCCACGGCAGGUCCUGAUUAGUACCGGCGGGGACGUGCAGGGCACGCCGGGCGUGCUGGUGUAUGUGAAGAACCACGUGCUGGGCGUGAUCGUCUCGACUGGAGACAAGUUCUGGCGCGUCGCGGUCACCGCCCUGAUGGUCAACAACGAGUGGAACAACAUCGGAGUGCGCUGGCAGGAGCCCGGCGACGGCGAUGACCAGGUGGUGCAGGGUCUGCAGCUGUUCAUCAACCAGGAGCGGAAGGGAGCGGUCAUCCACGGCCGACCAUCGCCAGCCAAACCGCCGCUGGAACCCGUGCAGUUGAUGGCGGGCUGUCACAAGACCGGCACGUACGGCCUGUACUCGGACUUCUGCUCGUGCGAGAUGGACGAGGUGGCCUUCUGGACGCGCGCGCUGCGGGACGACGAGCUGUCGCGAUUCGUCGGCGGAUACAAAACGUCGCUGUCGACGUCCGAGUUCAGCUCCAUCGUCAGCCAGAUCAACCUACGGGACCUAGGCCAGCAGUCGGAGGCCAUCAGGAUCCUGGGCCACAUGCUGGACGGCCCUCACAAGCUGACGGCGCCCGGCGACCCGCCUGCGCCAGGGCAACAGGGCGAGGAUGAAGACGAGGCGACCGAGGUCGGCGUGGAUCAGCUGGAGAACCUGGCCGACAUCAUGGGGAAGAUGACGGACCUGAGCACGGUCAAGUCACAACAGACGCCGCAGGAGCUCGACGCCUUUGCUAACCUGGUGAAAGUACCUAGUAUGCUUCUACGCGAGAAUAACAAAGCAAAAUGGAGGGAGCUUGACAAGAAGAAACAAAAACAGAAGGCCGGUAAACAAGUCAAGAAUGCAAAAGAAAAGAAAACUAAAGACGCCGCUGACAUGGUACGCGAGUUUGAGUCCUGGGCGCUGGUGUCGGCCACCCGCGUAGCCUCUGCGGGACGAGAACGACACCAUCCUGGUGCGCAAGAAGACCGACAACAUCGAACUGACCAUACAGAAGAUGAAGAUGGACUUCUUCAAGUACAAGAAGGUCGCCUCCUUUCCGGAGGGGCAGAACCGAAAGGACAACACCAUUGAAGUGCCCACUCCCGUAUUCAACAAAGCCGGAUGCGGCGACGACGCCAUCAAUAUCGUGUUCGGCAAGUACGACACCCUGGGCGACAUGGCACCGAAGC